UUUCAUGUAGUUCUUGUUGUUGUCGCAUGUAUAACUUGCGAUCGUGACCAUAUAAAUGGUCCGGUUGCGGCUACCAUCUUCAACAGUAACUGCCCUACACUUGAUGAACGAUCAGCUGCCUUCCGUCGAACAUCGUACCCACUAGAAUACAUUAUGCGUUCCUUCAGCAUCGUUUGUUUUGUUGCGCUCUGCCUCGCCGCAGUCUUCGCCACUGGAAGUGCGUUCCCCGAGGAACUGGCCGACGAUGUACGCUCGCACGUGAAUUCACUUUUCGAUGAACUGCCAGAAGAAUCCUAUCAGGCGGCUGUGGAGAACUAUCGGCUUAAACGGGCCACCUGUGAUCUGCUGAGCGGCUUCGGUGUUGGCGAUAGUGCCUGUGCGGCUCAUUGCAUUGCGCGGCGGAAUCGUGGCGGUUAUUGCAAUAAGAAAAAGGUUUGCGUUUGUCGCAAUUAGGUUGUUAGGUUAAGAUAAUAAUUUAUUUUAGGGAAUAGUGUUUAUCCUUCUGGCAAUAAAAUUAAUACGACCGUCGGCAAGUAUUUCUAGCACUGCCUUUCGGUUCUUCAAUAUCGUGAAA